AACACAGUUAGUUAUUAAGUAGUUGGGCACAUAAUCCUCAUUUUCUGCUUCCUGGGGGUGUCAGCAAAUCACCAAAUUCCUCUACUUCAUACGCAGAGAAGGGUAUGUCCUAAUCAAACUAAUUUUUUUGAAAAGAGUCAAUCAAUAUUCCCAUUAGAUCUUAAAAAAAUGCUUGGAGUUGGAGCAAUUUCUACACCAAUUUGGGUCUCAUCACCCACCAGAUCCAGUGCUUGGAGUUCAUACCCCAGAAUCUGUCAUCCACAAAGACUUCAACCAAACCCGGUGGCACAAGUGAACAACUUCCAUUCUCUCUCUUUCUUAUCCACUUUCCCUCCCCAUUUCUCUCUCCAGAAUGAUAGCACUCUUAAUACCCAUUUCUUGCUCAUGCCUGCUGCUUCAUCUUCUUCUGUUGGUAAUACUGAAUACACAGAGGAACCAGCUACAAAUGUGAAAUUUCAGACAUCGUUGAGCCUUCCGGGGUGCUUGAGUUCAUUAUUUUUGCUUGGAACUGGAUACAGGGAGAAAGUUUUUGCAAUAAUCGGUGUUAAGGUCUAUGCUGCAGGACUAUAUGUGAGCCCAUCGAUUUUUGACAAAAUAGAUGCCUGGAAAGGGCGAUCGGCUGCAGAGUUGCAAGAGGAUUCAUCUCUGUUUGCCUCAAUUUUUCAGGCUCCUGUAGAGAAAUCACUACAUAUUGUUCUGGUAAGAGAUGUUGAUGGAAAAACUUUCUGGGAUGCUUUAGAUGAAGCCAUCUCCCCAAGAAUCAAUGCACCCACUCCGGUUGAUGAAUCUGCUCUUGCCACAUUUCGUGGCAUCUUUGAAGGGCGGUCUCUUAAGAAAGGAACUUUCAUUUUUUUGACUUGGCUGGACUCAACCAAAAUGCUUGUUUGUGUAUCAUCCGAUGGGAUGCCUUCUCGUGUGGAUGCUACGAUUGAGUCACCCAAUGUAACAUCGGCUCUCUUUGAUGUUUUUUUUGGAGGUGUUCCAGUUUCUCCUACCUUGAAAGCUUCAGUUGCCAAUGGAUUGGCCAAAGCCCUCAAAUAAAUUCCA